UAAUAAUUGCUGUCCAUCUUCGUCCUUGGACUGGGCAUUGUAGUCUUUGGCCCUUCAGUCUUGUGUUUGAGGGACGUUAAAUACGAGAUUAUUCUGGCAGAAGCUCUUGGCUCUAAAAGCUAGACGUAUAAGGCAGGAUGAAAGGCCUCACGAAAGCUCUGGCGCGGACGCCGCAUAAUCUCACUUCCAAAAUUGGGAUGGCUAAGAAAUCAUCAGAUCCAGAAUACAAUGAUUGGGAACGAAAGUUUGCGGCUGUUGAAGCUGCUUGCGAGAAGAUGUACAAGGAAUCGGCGACUUUCCGAGAUUCAGUAACGACCCUGCUCCACUCUGGGUCCAAUUUUGCCGGAUCCCUUGAAACCCUCUUUUCCCCCAUGGGCGGAGAAUACAACCUUGCUCAGAAGCAUCCUCAGUCGGAAAUCACACUGAAGAACAUUGACAUGUAUCAACGUCUCAUGGAGGAAGUUCGAGAGACGCUGGCACCGGAGCUCGAAUUGAUCGAAGCAAAGAUCGUUCAGCCUUGUAAAGAGCUCGUGGACAUCUGCAAGAAGAUCAGAAAAACUUGUACCAAGAGGGAUCACAAAUUGGUCGAUUAUGAUCGUCAUAAUAACAGUUUGGAAAAGCUCAGAAACAAAAAGGAGAAGAGCUUGUCCGAUGAGAAGAAUACUUUCAAGGUCGAACAAGACUUUGAACUUGCUUCUGGAGAAUACGAGCACUACAAUAACAUGUUGAAAACUGAGCUUCCAGCAUUCAUCGAGAUGGCCACUCGAUUUAUCGAUCCGCUAUACCACUCGUUCUACUACAUGCAGCUUAAUGUUUACUACAUUAUGCUGGAGAAGAUCCAAUCGUACUCGGAUGGAAAAUACGAUCUUACCAGGAAGGACAUCGAAAACAUCUAUCUGGAGCAGCAAGGAGACACUGCGGAGCAGAUCGAAUCGAUGGACAUUACCAAGCGUGUCCAGUCAACAGCAAAACUGCUACAACAGGCUCGACAAUCUGGAGGAUCAGUCGGACGAUCACCUUCCAUCAGCUCGUCCCGUCAAGGUGCCGACCAUAAAGCGGCCGGAGGAUACAGUCCCAAGGCUGAUGUCGCCGCACCGCCAACAAGGACAGUAGCUGCUCCUCCUCCCUACACGUCUACGCCAUCAUCUGCAUCUAUCAAGAAGGCUCCACCGCCGCCACCACCGCUCAAAGCCAAGCCGAGCUACUCUGCCAAACGAUACGCUACGGCUAUAUUCGACUUUGAAGCUCAAGCCGAGGGAGAUCUUUCAUUCAAAGCGGGAGACAGAAUCGAAAUUAUUGAACAGACAGAAAGUGCGGACGAUUGGUGGACCGGGCGUAUCGAUGGAAGACAAGGUAUCUUCCCUGGUACUUAUACUCAGGUAGAAUAGAAGAUGGUUAGUAACCAGGAUACUGAUUGUAAGCUCCGGCGUGUGGACUGUCUUGUCGAGAUUCGUUGAGGGGUAUGAAUAUUCAAUUUGGUUGAU